GUUCCCAUGGGUGUUGAAACUAUAAAUCCAAGGAUUUUCUUCCUUCCACGGUCAGCCUGUUUACUCACACUCCUGUCUUUUCUUCUUCUAGCAGAUAAGUGAGGAAUACAGAAAGAUGUCUGACGCCCCCCAAGCAAAGCCAAAACCCAAGAUCACUUCAGCUCGCCGGCUGGGCUUGAAGAUAAGGCUGCUGAAUACAGCACUGGAAAUGUUGAUGGUAGAGAAGCGGGAUAAAGAAAAUGAGAGGCAGCAAGUGCUCACUGAGAGAGUUCCUCCGCUCAAACUUUCCGGUCUGUCAGUACAGGAAUUACAGCAACUUUGCAAGGAUUUACAUCACAAGAUCGACGUGAUUGAUGAGGAACGCUAUGACAUUGCCUUGAAGGUGGCCAAAAAUGACAAAGAGAUACAGGAAAUGAAUCAGAAGAUCUAUGAGAUCAAGAGCAAGCUGAAGAGGCCUAACCUGAGGAGAGUCAAACUGUCUGCUGAACACCUGCUAAGUGUCCUUCUGGGCUCCAAACACACACAGUCCAUUGAUUUCAAAGCUAACCUGAAGACAGUGAAGAAAGAAGAGGAGAAGAAAGAAGAGGUGACUGACUGGCGUAAAAACGUAGAGGCCAUGUCUGGAAUGGAGGGCAGGAAGAAGCUGUUUGAUGCUGGACAGUAAAAGAUGGCAGCAGUACCAAACCAAAGAUGACAUCAAAGAUCUGCAGUUCUUCUUUUGCCCUACCGAUGGCAGUCUACAACAACAUAUCAGGAAGAAGAAGAAACACUCAGCUUGUCAGCCAUCUCUUCCUUUAUGUUCAAGAUUGCAGAUGAUUUCAGAUCUGAAUUAAUUAAGGUUUUAUGAAAAUAUUAAAAUAUCAUUCAAUAUUCCAA